GAGAGAGACGCGAUUAAACAACAUGGCGGAAUUGAAGUUAGUUCGCUACCUUCGGGAAGAAGAGAAUUUAAUUUUGUCCAUGUUGAGCAAGCUGCAGCAGCAGCUGAACAAACUGAAGGUGGAAGAGAUGAACAUCAUAAGUGCCCUUCGCGAAAACCGCUUCGAAGAGAGUACGGGAGACGCUGCGCAAGCUUCAGCUUCGAAUCCUGGACCGAGCAGCCUAGUGGACAACUCGGCCGUCGAAGCCAUGAACAUCGAAGACAUCAACCUCAGCGUGCAGGAAGAGUUGAACCUGUUAACCAGGGCUGCAUUUGGUAACGACAUUGAAGAGGAGGAGGAGGAUGAAGAGGACGAGGACUUUGAAGAUGAGGGAUAGCUCUUGGUUCGGCCUCAAGCUUGCUGUGAUAUCUGUAAAUAAAGCACUUUCUUCCUUCAUA